AUGGAGAAGGACGACAGUGACAAUAGAGGGAACCCAUUCAAUGGUCUGCCGGAUGAGUGCAUCCUUGAGAUAUUCAGCUUCAACCCUGGCCCUGCAGAUCGUUGGCAGUGCGCAGCGGUGUGCAAGAAAUGGCUUCUGCUGCAAGCCCACAUGAAGAGAUCAGACUUCAAGAUGGAGCCGCCCAGCCAAUCCAGCCGCCUGAGAAGGUGCCUGGAGGGGAGCCAUGCAGUGGACACAAGGCUGGCUGCCAUGGCCGUCCGCAAGUGGGGUAGGGGCAUAGUUGGCGACCUGAGUAUCAGAGGUGAUUUCUUGGAGGAGUCGAGCUGCUUACCACCUUACGGCGUCACCGACCGUGGGCUUGACAUAGUCGGCUCCGGCUUCCCUUGCCUGAGAUCACUGUCCCUUUGGGGCUGCCUUCAUAUCACCAACAAGGGUCUGGUUUGUGUCUCGAAGGGAUGUGCUCAACUAGAAAAGCUUGAUCUGUGCGAGUGCCCUUUGAUCACAGACGAGGGCAUGGUGGCUGUGGCCAGAGGGCUCAAGAAGCUGACCACAUUGAGCCUGGACUCAUGCCAAAGCAUCGGAAACAUCAGCCUCAAGGCCUUUGGGACGCACACCCCUACGCUACAUUCAAUAUCAGUGAAGGGAUGUCGCCUGGUGGGGGAUGAGGGUGUGCUUGCAAUCCUAGCAGGCCUGCCCAAUUUGAAGAGGCUCAGGCUCGCCCAGCUCCGCUCAAACCUGCACGCAGUGCUGGCAAUAUUGCGGCACUGCAAGACCCUAACGUCCCUCUCGCUGGAAGACUGCAGCUUCCAGUCUUCCGGCGCCGGCCAAAGGGAUAGCAAUUGCACCAUUGGGGAGGACCAAGGGGUCGGUUUCCCGGAGAGUCCUAGCAGGUGGGGAUUGACUAGGAUCGGAGCUCUUGGAAAAGAGUGUGCCAACCUGAAGAAUGUAACCAUUAGUGGGUGCACAACAUUGAAUGAUGAGGAAUUGAUAGAGUUAGGCCAAAGGGUGGUUGGCCUAGAGAAAUUGACAUUAGAGGGAUGUAAAAGGGUUUCUUUCAGUGGAUUGGUGGAGUUCCUUACCAGGCAUGCUAAGAACUUGAAGGCUCUUAAGUUAGUCAAGUGCAGCAGGGUUGUGGAACCAAGAAACUGGUUGCCUCCAACCUCAUCACCUUCAUGCAACAGAUUAGAAUCCCUGACUGUUGGGUUCUGCUUCAGUCUAAGAGACGGUUUCUUUGGAUGGCUUGGGAGAGUGUGUUGUAAUGUACGUGAAGUUGAAUUGGUUGGCUUAAGAGACCUCUCAGAUAGGGGAGUUACAGGCCUGCUCAUGGGCUGUGGUAAGAGAACCAGAACCUUAGAUAGAGUGGGCUUGAAUGGUUGCAGUGGGUUGACGGAUCUGGCCAUCCUCGAGAUUGCUCGUUCCUUUGGUGCGGAACUUAAGUCGGUAGGCCUAAGCGAAUGUGUGGGACUGACCAGCCUAAGCUUGCAGAUCAUUGCAUUUUACUGCGCAGAGCUGAGAGAUCUAGACGCUUCUGGAAAUGCUCUUAAAGAUGGUGACUUGGUCCAUCUCGAUAGACUAGUAUGGCUGACCAAUUUGAACCUGAAGAACUGCCCCGGUCUCAGCAAGAAGGCACUUAAUUCCUUUGAAGGGAGCCAUUUUGAAUGCGAUCUAGUUUACUAG